AUGGACAUCGAUCUAAUAGAUGAUAAAACAUUUGACUCUCGGACCACCUCUGCAGAGCUGAUCUUCAGGCGUCUCACGCAGAACCAGUCCCUGGAGUUCUCCUGCCCCCUUCAGCGGGAGCUCGGCAGCCUGAGGGGUCUCCACCUGUACCACCGCAGGGCCCAGAGCCAGACCACCCUGCUGUCCAUGGCAGAGGGCGGCGAGCUCAGGGUGGACCCCGAGCGGAGGGGCCGUCUGCAGCUGGGUGGAGGGCUGGACUCUCUGAGGGUCAACGUGACCAUGACCCAGUUACAGCCCAGUGACACAGGACUGUACAUGUGGGAGCUGAGCUUCAGGGGGGAGGAGCUCCUGCUCAGUGACACACAGCUCUUCUUACUGGUUGAAGGCAGAGGGAGGCCGUGCCAGUGCUCUCCCAGUUACCCCCCCCUGCUGCUCACCAUCUUUGCAGCAGCAGGACUCAUCGGGCUCACACUCAGCUGGCUGGCCACAGACAGAUGUCUGAAGGCGAGGCGUCAUCACAGACCACAACCUCCUGUUCCCAUCUAUGAGGAAAUGACCAGGAAGCAGCAGCGCGCCGCGGUUCCCCAAAAUAACCAGGAGGACCCGUCACACCUGGAGGAAGACGACUUCCCUUUGUACGCAAACCCAAACAUCCGGCAACCACAGGACAACUACUACGCCUGCCCCAGACAGCUCUCCCUCAGAGCCUGAGCUGAUGCUGGCUUGGAACUAAUGGUGCGGUACAGGAAGUGACACGUGACCUGAGAGCUGCGGCCCGUGCACUGGUCCUCUCAGUGUGAUGCAACAAAGGCAAAGAGAGACGAGCAGGCAAAUAACCAAAUGUCACGUUUUUUAACAGCCAAGAAAAACGAUGCUAUUUUAUUAAUAUUUGAAAGAAGCUCCAUAGUUCAUGAAAACAUUUGUUUCGGUGCAUGUCAUUUAACAAUCACAUUCUAUGAGGAGAAAGA